UUUGACCUGUCUGACAACGCCUGCUGCUGCAGCAAUGAGAUUCUCUGCAGUGUAGAGAGAGAGAAAUCUGCUGUUUGGGACUACCUGACAGAUUUCUUAAAUGGCUGAGGAGGUUUUAAUUCCAUCAGCGAGAAAAUUCACUGCGCACUUGACCAGCUCUCUGUUGGCGGUAGCAUUCCUCACCUCCUUUGGGAGCUCCAUGCUUUAUGGCUACAAUCUGGCUGUGGUUAACUCCCCUGCUGUGUACAUAAAGGAUUUCUACAACAAAACAGUGCUGAGUCGUAAUGGAACAGGACUCAGUGGCGAGACCCUGACCCUCAUGUACUCUCUCACUGUGUCUGUCUUCGCCAUUGGAGGUCUGCUGGGCUCCCUCAUUGUGGGCAUGUUGGUCACUCGCUUUGGCAGAAAAGGUACAGUGGUAAACACAACAGUGCUGGUGUUUAUUGCUGGCUUACUCAUGGGCUUCAGCAGGAUUUGUGGUUCGCCAGAGAUGGUCAUCUUUGGCCGCUUCAUCACUGGAAUUCACUCGGGAAUCUCUCUAAGUGUCGUACCAAUGUAUCUGGGUGAGAUAGCACCUAAGAACCUGCGAGGCUUCCUGGGUCUUGUGCCGAGUAUCUUUAUCGGCAUGGGAGUCUUUGCUGCCCAAAUCCUUGGCCUACACGAGCUUCUAGGAAAGGAGGAGCACUGGCCCCUUUUUCUUUCUGUUGUGGUGGUACCCACCUUCAUCCAGUUGAUGCUGUUGCCAUGGUUCCCAGAGAGCCCCAGAUACCUGCUGAUUGAGAAACACAAUGUCCAUGCCACCAUAACAGCUCUGAACUGGUACAGAGCCAAGUGUAACAUCCAGGCUGAGUUUGAAGAGAUGCAGGAGGAGCAGCAGUCCCUCUCAUCAGUGGAGACACUGUCAGUAUGGAAACUGUUGCUAGAUGACACAGUCCGUUGGCAAGUGCUCAGUGUGGUGGUCAUCAACAUCGGCAUGCAGUUGUCUGGCAUUGAUGCUAUCUGGUUCUACACCAAUGACAUCUUUGAAAAUGCAGGUAUCCCAGCUCCAGAGAUCCCGUACACCACAGCAGGAACAGGAAUUAUAGAGAUCAUCGCUGGACUCAUUGGGUGUUUCAGCAUAGAGAAGUUGGGCAGGAGGCCUCUCAUGAUUGGGGGCUUUGCCAUGAUGGGCAUCUGCAGUGCUGGAAUCACAUUGGCACUCAUUUUACAGGCUCAUUUAUCAAUCAUGCGCUACGUCAGUGUCUGCUGUGUGGUCGGCAUCAUCGCUGGCUUCUGUAUCGGUCCAGCGGGCGUUCCCUUCCUGGUCACAGCAGAGCUGUUUAAACAGUCCCACCGCCCAGCCGCCUACAUUGUUGGAGGAUCACUCAACUGGCUGUCCAACUUCACUGUGGGCUUCAUGUUCCCCUUCUUACAGAUGUCUGCUGGAUCUUACUGCUACUUGGUGUUUGCCACCGUUUGUGUGUUUGUGGCUGUCUAUGUCUACAUCAUGAUCCCAGAGACCAAAAACAAGACCUUCAUGGAGAUCAGCCGAAUGUUUUCAAAGAGGGAGGCAGUCUUAGAAACCCAGGGCCUAAUCCAUGGGGACCAGCUGAAGCUGAAGAAAAUUAAUGGAUAUGGCAUUGUGGAACAUGCAUCGCUGGAGUUAGACAGCUCCUCUUCUGUACCUUAACUGAGCUUUAUGUUCUACAUAAAUUGAUACAAAAAAACAGUUAUUUGAUCUUAUUUUGGUUCUUGUUUUCAAAGGUUUUAUAGGCUUCUCUUCCUCUCAGUAGUAGUAACACUACUCACCAAGGUAAUAGCUAAAGUUCAACAGUACAAGACAAAAUCAGAGCAUCAGACAGAUUGGAAACAAAAAAACAGGUAAGCCAGACAAAAGCCAUCACAGUUUACAUGCCCACUUCCUGUACUUUCUGUAGAUGUGCACUGUUUUUUCCUCCAAACUAAGAGCUUGGUUUACUUUUCAUCUCGAUAAAUUGCUGCUUUAUGUUUUUUUGCAACUGCAUUAUAUCAACGUCACCAUGUUUCCAGAUUUUGGUUGUUACUUUGAUGAUUACCAUGUUAUUAUAGUUGAUAGGAAUAAUGGCCCAAGUUUUAAUAAACUAGAAUUAUGUUUUAAUAAACUAUUGAAAUGAGUUGUCCAUGUGGGGAAAGGCAUUUCAAAAGAAAACCAAACAAUGUCCGAUACAACUUGGCUGUUAUUUUUGUUGUUCUAGAAAACAAUUUAAUUAUUAACAUUGCACUCACCAAAUAAAGUAAAGGCAUCAUUAAGGAUAGGCCUGAUCGUAAAAUAAUCUGUUUCACAACAAUCAUGAGAAGUAAGACGCAGAUUUUCCUAUAUUGGACAAAUGAUGAGGUGCAACUGCAAGUGUUUACCUUUGCCUUCAACAUUGGUAGGUGAAUGACUAUAAUCCAAUGUGGCUGACUUUGUCAUUGUUUCCAAACCUCUCGGUUUUUGCCUAUCCAUACAACAACAAAUCCUGGAGUUUCCAAACCUGUCCAUUUUAGGUGCUUGAAAACUUGAGUAUUGUGGACAAUCAGGUGAAAACAUGGCAACAGUGAUGCAUUUUUUAACUAAAAUGUAGUAGUGUGGAUGUAGCCUAAGAGUGGGGAUGCCAUCAGCUAAACGUGCAUGAGAUGAACACAGCUCUAUAGAAAAUCUUUAACUGGCAAUAUUUUUGCUUUAGUUACUGCUUCCAUGUGUCUGUAAACUGUGAUUGAUGUAGAUAGUAGUGACAGUAAGACAGUCAGAGAUGUAUAAAUAAAAUCCACUUUUAAUAAACUG